CGUGUCACACUCAAUAUCUUCAACCUCCAAGAGGGAGAUCAAGACAAUCUCCUCACUCUAGAUGUCUUCCCCGAAAUGACAGUUGCGACCCUCCGUGAAUCCGUCCAGGCCGAGAGUAAUAUAGCCCCGCUUUCUCAACACAUCUACCACAACGGCCGUCUGCUAUCCGAUGACGCCAAGACCCUGGAGCAGCUGGAAAUCGUUGACGGAGAGAUGCUGGCGGUGCACGUGAGGGAUCCUCGAGGCAAUACUGGUGUCCCAAGCCAGUCGCAGCGUCCCCAACCCCAACAGCGUCCAGUACCGCAAGGUGCACGGUCACAGCAGGACCCGGAGCUCAUACGCUUGCAGAUCCUUGGCAACCCCGCGAUGAGGGCCCAGGUCCAGAGUCAGAACCCGGAACUUGCAUCUGCAUUGGAGAGCCCAGCUCGAUUUGCCCAGAUUUUGAACGACAAUUACGACCGUGAACAGAGGGAACGCAUGGAGCGCCAACGAGAGAUUGAAAGGUUGAAUGAUGAUCCCUUCAAUGUCGAUGCUCAAAGGAGGAUUGAGGAAAUGAUUCGGCAGGAGCGAGUGAUGGAAAACCUGCAGAGUGCUAUGGAGCACAACCCAGAAGUCUUCGGGCGAGUCCAUCUACUCUAUGUCAACGUUGAGGUAAACGGCCAUAAGGUAAAGGCUCUGGUCGAUUCAGGCGCCCAGGCAACAAUCAUGUCUCCCAAAUGCGCCGAGGCGUGUGGCAUAUCUCGUCUUAUUGAUACUAGAUUUGCCGGUGUUGCUCGUGGUGUUGGAACUGCCAAGAUCGUUGGCCGUGUUCAUGCUGCUCAAAUCAAGAUCGGAAACCUGUUUCUGCCUUGCAGUUUCACUGUGAUGGAAGGCAAAACUGUCGAGCUUCUCUUGGGUCUUGAUAUGCUGAAGAGAUACCAAGCGAGUAUUGAUCUGGCCAAGGGAAACUUGGUGAUCCAGGACGAAGAGAUUCCGUUCCUUGGUGAGGCGGAUAUUCCCAAGGAAGAAGAGGAACAAGCCACGGAAGAACCCACGCUUCCUGGACCCGCAGGUACACAAAUUGGACAGAGAUCAGGCGUUGUCACCUCGGCAGAGGAGCAGAGUCAGCCACCACAGGCUCAGCAAACCUCCCAAGUGACUGCUCCCACCCAGCCUAACCCUCCAGCAGCAGCUUCUGGGCCAGCCCAAGGUGCGGACACUGCUGGUACGGGUGUGUCAGAACAACAUAUUGAAACCUUGAUUUCUAUGGGCGCCGACCGCGCACGCGCUAUCCAGGCUCUCCAAGCCACAGCAAACGACGUGGACAUGGCUGCUGGUAUCCUUUUCUUUGGAUAG